GUGCGUAGUGAAAAUCAAUACUUGCAAACUCAAAUCCGACGACAUUUUGCAACACAAAUCCCAAUUAUUGCUGUUGCUAAACAUCCCAUAGCAGCAAUCUUAUCUUUCACACUAAAGCCAUCGAACGAGCGCAAAUGGGAAAAUCUUCCACCAGAACGUCGUACACCUUCCGGCCAUACAUUCCGAUUCCAUCGAUUAGCAUUUAGAGGUGCUGAAGUUGCCAUCAAUCAAAAAUUCAACUACACUAGUGCAUAUGCAAUGGAUCCAAAUCAAACUGGUGUGACUUUAAAUAUACUCAUUACGCCGGAUAAUAAUGCAAAUUAUUGCGACGAGAAUGGGAUGAAGAUAUUAGGAAGAAUAAAUAUUGAUUUAUCAGACUCACGAGAACAAAAAAGAUUGAUGGGGCAAUCAAUAAAACGACAGGGAGGUUAUAUGAAUGCGUUUUCUGUCUGGAAUUUUAAUUAA